UCAUUUUCUCUUUCUGUCGAUGACGCGGCCACGCUGGUACUUGCUCUGCGUGGGAGAACACAGCACAGCACAGCAGAGCAGAGUGGGAAUACAGAAAGGGGAAAGUGAGCGGCAAGUGAAUGCUUCUCACCUGUGUCGAGAUCAUGCCUUUGGGCUCACACAAGGGCGGAGGGCGUCCGUCGUUGUUGCACUGCGCGCAUUGUUGACAGAGGGGUGUGUAUGUGCGUGUGUGUGUGCGUGUGUAUGUGUGUGUGUGUGUGUGUGUUGGGGGACUUACCAUGUCGUCAUUGGUGUCUUGUGCGGGUGAGGCCUUUGUUCGCUGCUGCUCUCUCUGUCGCUGCUGCUGCUGCUGCUGCUGCUGCCGGCCCUCCAAUCGACGUACAGCCAGCGCAAGAGAUGAAACCUGAUUGAUGAGUGAGACACGCUGCACCAUCCAUUCCAUGCAUCCCAUCAGUGUGCAUGUGCUGUCUGCGUGCCUCGGCCUCAUGUGGGGCGAGUGUCUUGUCUCUGUUGGCAGUUAUCUCCUGUCGCGCUUUCGCGAACACUCCACACCAACGCUGCACACAGAUGACACUUGUGUGGAUGUGGGGGGGUGUUUGCGUGUGCCUCGCUGACUGGCUGACUGACGUGCACACUUACAUCUGCCAAGUGCUUCUUGUUGGCCUCGUGCUGUCUGGCCGUCGCCUCCUUGUCGCUGUCAUCAAACGAACCACCAAGCGCACUAAGGAAGGACACACAUAUACACAAAGACCCAGAGGCACUCAUCCACAAGUGUGUGUGUUUUUGUGUGUGUGGUCGCUCACGUGUAUGUAGCUUGUUGGAUCUGUCUCUCGAGUUGCGUCUCCAUUUGUCGUCUGAUGGGUUCGUGUUUGUUGGCCUCGCUCUGCGCGUACACACUCAGGGUCCUUUCGUCGGCCUGCACACAGCUCAUGCCAGAGAGGGACAUGGACAGGGCAUCUCUCGUGACGUGAUCUCGAGGGUCACCAUGCGCAUCGAGACGUGAGAUUGGCUUUGGUGCCGCCGCUCUGCAUGCUUGAGACGAGCAUCGAGUGCAGACAGCCUCGCCACAAGCUCACUCUCCCUGCCCGGCAUACACACCAUACACAUGACAUACAUGACAUACAUGUGUUGCCUUUCAAGGUUGGUCCGUGUUCACCAGUUGGGGAAUGUACCAUCCGUCUGGCGCUGCAGCGCGGUGCACUCGUCGCGGGCCGCGUUCUCAUUCUUCUGCUCGGUCAUCAUGGCCUCGUCGAACGAACGGAUCUCAGCUGAUGCAUCAGCACCACAUACGCACACAGAAUGAGAGACUGUGAAGUGUCUCUCUUUCUGUGUGUGUCGGAUGACCGUCCAUUUCCGCGAUGCGUGCCUGCACCUCUGCCAACUCUCUCUGGACACACAGAGACACACAACAGGGGCCGUUUUGCCUCGUGUGCGUCGUCGUUCAGUAUGCAGUGCACCUGUGUGUUGUCGAUUUGGUGUGUCUGUGCCUUUCGCUGAUCGGUUGCCCCGUCGAGUCGGCCACUCACUGAUACCAACUCAUCGAGCAACUGCACACAUUCGCACAAGUCCACAAAGGUGCUGUUGUGUUUCCAUGCUUCUUACUGCGAUUUGCUGCUGGAUGGCGCUUGUCUUGCUGUCGACAUCUGUCAGCUCAUCGGCGAAACGCGUCUCCUCACCAGCCAACUCUACAUCCACGCACACAUACACACAGGAGACACAUGAACGUUUCUGUCUGUGUCUCUGUCUGUGUAUCGUGUCGGUGGUUGCUGACCGUCGAUGCUUGUUUGUAUGUCGUGUUGGUGUGUGCGUUUGUCGGUCAUCUGCUGCUCGAAGGCCUUUGAUGCCUUGUCCACCGCUGCGAUGACGUCGUGCAGUCUGGUUAGCUCGGCUGCGAUGUCACUUGUCUCGUGCGUCACCACUGCUGCCCUCUGCUGCGCACUGGCCGUGGCCUCGCUCCAACUCGCCGUCUCCCUCUCCACGUCAGACACCCUGACAGCACGAGACACACCAUCCAUACAUCCAUACAUCCGUGUGCGUGUGCAUGGGUCUUUCGCUUACUUCAUCGACCGCUCUUCUGCCAGCAGCGCGUCGAGUCGGUGAGCGGUUUCUGCAUGUCUGGCCUCCUCACGCGAGACGCACUCAGCACGCACAGCCAGCUCCUGACAUGCGCACAUGACCUCACAUGAAUCACGGUGUGUGAAUUGUGUGGGUCGUGUUUACCUGUUGGAGGCAAUGGUCUUGCUCUCUGAGGAACUCAAGCUGCAUGGUCAGCCCUUGCUGAACACAGCCGCACACACACACACAAAUGGCACACAGAUACAAACGUGAUGUGUGGUCGGUGUGUGGUUGGUUGGUUUGUUUGCCAUCGCUGCAUCGGUCUCGAGUGCGUUGAGCUCCUGCUCGGCCGCUGAAAAACUGCUCUCGAGCGUGUCUCCCUCCCGACAGGACAGAGAGAAGUUGGACUCGAUCGUACGCAACGCAACCUGCACACACAAAAACAGAGUGAGCGCAUGUGAGGAGGAUGCGUUGUGUUGUGGUGUGUUGUGGUGUUACCUUGGCCUUGUCCAUCGCUUCGUGGAGUGACUGCAGCUCUGCGGUUUUGCUGUCUCGGUCACGCUCGGCGGCCGACUUGUCGGCGAGAGACACGGACAGAUGACUGUGCGCUGUGCGAUUGUCGGCCUUGUUGGACAGAAACUCUCUCUCGCCUGAGAGAGAUGCACACAGAAUGGAUCCGUCCAUCGCCUCUUCUCUCUUUGUGUUGUCCUGUGUACACACACGUACACUGGUCGAGCUGCGCGGCGAGGGCUUUGUUGGCGUCCAU